GGGGCGGUUCAGUUCUGCAGUGCCAGGGAGUGGAGCAGAGCUCAGCCCUGUCCCAAACACAGAUGGGACUAUGAACUCCAGCCGCAGCUUCAGCCAGACCCCCACAGCCUCUCUUCAUGGCACUGGAGGUGUUUGGGGCCGGCUGGGGAGCUUCCCCCGGGCUCCCAGUGUCCACGGUGGUGCAGGGGGAGUUCGUAUCUCCCUUUCCUUCACCAGGCCAACCUGCCUGCCCUCUGGAGGGUCUUGGGAUUCUAGAAGAGGGAGUUCCCUCCUUGGUGGAAAUGGGAAGGAGACCAUGCAGAACCUCAACGACCGCCUGGCCUCCUAUCUGGACAAGGUGCGCGCCCUGGAGAAGGCCAACGAGAAGCUCGAGAGCCACAUCCUGCAAUGGCAUCAGCAGAGAGACCUCGGCAAUAAGAAAGAUUACUCCCAAUAUGAGGAAAGCAUCAGCCACCUGCAGGAGCAGAUAAUGGAUGGCAAGAUGACCAACGCCCAGAUCAUCCUUCUCAUCGACAAUGCCAGGAUGGCAGCAGAUGACUUCAACCUCAAGUAUGAACAUGAACAUUCCUUUAAGAAAGACUUAGAAAUUGAAGUUGAGAAUCUCCGAAAGACCUUAGAUAACCUGACCAUUGUCACAACAGACCUGGAACAAGAGGUGGAGGGAAUGAGAAAAGACCUCAUCCUCAUGAAGAAGCACCAUGAACAGGAAAUAGAAGAAUACCAAGUGCCAAAUGCCUUCAAGGUCAAUGUGAAGGUGGAUGCAACUCCAGGGGAAGAUCUGAUUAAGGUCCUGGAGGAUAUGAGGCAGGAGUACGAGUUUAUAAUAAAGAAGAAACAUGAAGACUUGGACAAUUGGUAUAAAGAGCAGUCAGCUGCCAUGUCCCAGGAGGUGGCCAGUCCAGCAGCUGUACGGAGCAGCCAGAGUGACAUCCAUGAGCUGAAGCGCACUUUCCAGGCUCUAGAGAUUGACCUGCAGACACAGCACAACAGGAAAUCUGCUUUGGAAAACAUGCUAACAGAGACCCAGUCUCGGUACUCCUGCCAGCUCCAGGAUAUGCAACAGAUCAUCUCCCGAUAUGAGGAGGAACUGAUGGAGCUACGCCAUGACCUAGAGCGGCAGAACAACGAAUACAAGGUGCUCCUGGACAUCAAAACCCACCUGGAGAAGGAAAUCACCACUUACCGCCAGCUCCUAGAGGGAGAGAGAGGAGGGACAAUGGAAGGAUCUACAUCAAGCAUGACAGUGUCUGCAGCUCCGAAGAUCAAGACCAUCACACAGGAGAGUAUCAACGGAAGAAUAGUUCUUUCUCAAGUGAAUGAGAUCCAAAAGCGUGUGUGAAGCCAAGCAAAGUUUCUAUUGUAAAAACUAUUUUCCCCCAAUGUAAAGGUCUUACCCAGACACUAAUGGGUGUGUUCUAAGAGGUAUCCUUGGAGUUAUCAAACUCAAAAACUUCGACUUUUUUUUCCUUUGUAACAAUCUCACCAAUUUUCAAUGUUCUUAAUGUAACUGCUGUACUUUUCAAAUCCAAAUAUGAGCGUGUGAGCCUAGAGCUCUAUUCUUCUACUACAA